AUGGGCGUCGUUUUAACGAAACCGGCAGCACCUAAUAAAGAUUUCGGACAGAUCGGUGAAUUAUUUUAUUUUUUCAUGGGAGGGUCACCGGGUAGCAUUUUAUUUGGCAGAUCGGUGAACUCUUUGAAAAAUGUAUUAUUUAAUAGAGUCGAUGUUUCUAAACCAGUGUGUCGCGACACAUUUCUGUGUCACCGGAUAAGUCCAUAUGUGUCGGAUGAGAUAAAAAAUAAAUUAUCUAUUAUCAACACGUAUCAACCCAAUCAUAAUGAAAGUAUGUUACCCGUAUGGUAACCAUUGUUCAAUACGUGGCCACCAUUAAUUCAUUGAUGUUUUCGUUUAUUUUAAUGUGUUUUAUAGAUUGUAAAUUUUUUGAUUGGGUUGGAAAUCCAUUUAAUUCUAGUUUGGAAUCCACGAUUCUUCUACGAAUAAUGGGAAAAGAAAUUGCAGAGUAA